AUGGCUUCCCCGCGCCUGGAGACCUUCUGCUGCCCCAACAGGGACGCGGCCACCGAGCUGGUGGUCUCCUUCCAGCCGCUGCUCUUCGGAGCCCUGAGCGCCUCCUGCGCCGGCCUCAGCCUCAUCUUGGCGGUGCUGCAGCUCCUGCCCAAACACCGCGGGUACCGCCGGCUGGGUCAGUACCCGCUGCCCAGACCCGCCUCGUCCUCCCGGAUCCUGCUCAUCAUCAGCGUCUGCGACCUCCUGGGAUGCGCAGGGAUCCUGCUCAGGUCCUCGCUGUGGAUCGGCCUCCCGGAGACGGUGGAGAAGAUCUCCUCGGCCAACAGGACCGACGUCCUCCCUGAGCUCUUCUGCGUGGGCAGCUCGAUGUGGAUCCAGUUCUUCUACAGCGCCUCCUACUGGUGGACCUUUUGCUACGCCAUCGACGUCUUCCUGGUGGUGAGGACCUCGGCGGGGAUCAGCACCAUCGUCCUGUACCACAUGAUGACCUGGGGCCUGGCCGUGCUGCUGUGUGUGGAGGGCGUGGCCAUGCUCUACUACCCCUCCAUCUCCACGUGUGAGCAGGGCCUCCAGCACGCCGUCCCUCACUAUGUCACCACGUACGCGCCCAUGCUGCUGGUCCUGGUGGCCAACCCGGUCCUCUUCAGCCGCACCGUCUCGGCAGUGACCUCGCUGCUGAAGGGCCGGCAGGGCAUCUACACGGAGAACGAGCGGCGCCUCGCCAGCGAGAUCCAGGUCCGCUUCUUCAAGAUCAUGCUGGUGUUCUUCAUCUGCUGGACGCCCAACAUCAUCAACGAGGCUCUGCUCUUCUACCUGGAGGAGCAGACGGACAUCAGCGACGGCAGCCUGAGGAACGUGAGGAACGCGGCCCUCAUCACCUGGUUCAUCAUGGGGAUCCUCAACCCCAUGCAGGCCUUCCUCAACACCCUGGCCUUCCACGGCUGGACCGGCCUGGACGUGGACCUCAGCCCCCAGCGCCACAGGGACCUGGGCUGGGACUCGGGCUCCACCUCGGCGCCCAGCGGCGGCGGCCACGCCCACCUGACGGCAGCGUCGCUGGUGUACCAGAGCCACGUGCAGGAGAAGAAGAGCCAGAACGGGAAGAGCCAGCAGCACUCGGAGGCCAUCAGCGCGCUCUCAGAAGGUUCAGAAUCUAGCACAGUUGAAAUCCACAUUUCCAGCCGUCUGCGGGACUUUGACGAUGUAGACGCGGACGGAGAGUCGCUGGAGAACUCCGGGCGGCGCUAGAGGGUCGCCGCCACGCCCGCCGCCGCACUUUAGAUUUAUUUUUGAUGUGAGAACGAUUAAACCA